AUGACGUCAUCGCGCCACCUGACUGAGCCGCUGCGCGGCCGUAAAGUAAGAACAUCGACAGCAGCGCUGGAGGCGGGACGGGAGUAUUUCAGUGAAGGUGCUGGAGCUCUUCCAAUGGCUAACGACCGUUAUGCGGCUUAUGUGUAUAGAACACAGUUGGAGAUCCUUUUGUUGAAAUUCAUGUCCUAUCGUCUGUUCCUUGGGUCAGAUGUGCAGCUUACCUCCUUUGUCAGAAAUGAGGGGUUAAGAAAACCUGGAGAUAUUAUGAUAGGAGUUUUAAUGUCUAUUAAUGCCGACAAGAUCUUCCAAAAACUUGAAUUCAAUGUGAAACCACCCAGGGUCACCUGCAGCUUGUUUAAUCUGGAAUCAUAUCAAACGCUUCAGACCUUGAUGUUCACCAUUGAAGAGGUCAACAGAGAUCCCUAUCUUCUGUCAAACAUUACGUUAGGAUAUCAGAUGUAUGACACGUGUAACAUACCUCACUAUGAAUUACAAGGAGCUUUACAGUUUCUGACUGACACUAGUACGACUUUCACUAACAACCAGUGCCAUUCUAGAUCAUCCUUUGCAGCUGCUAUUGGAUCUACAGCUUCAACCAACUCAAUUAUCUUGGCUUACUUUUUGGGAACAUUCAAAUAUCCGCAGAUGAGUCAAUUAUCAAGCCUCUCACUCCUGAGUAAUAGGAAACUAUUUCCGUCGUUCUUCAGGACUGUUCCAAAUGAUAAAUUGCAAUCCAUUGGUCUGGCUCAGCUUCUUCUGCGCUUUGGUUGGACUUGGAUUGGUCUUGUUGCCAGUGACAACGAUUAUGGUCUUCAGGGAAUUUACCCAAUUAGACAGGAGUUGGUCAAAGCCGGAGUAUGUGUGGCUUUUACUGAAUAUAUUUGUCUAGGUCUACCAGAUCGGAAUGCUCCUCGAGUAGUAGAGACCAUCAAAAAGUCUAAAGCUAUGGUUGUCCUUGUGUUUGCUAGUCAAGUUGAUUUUAUUCCUAUUGUGAAUGAGAUGUUGAAGCAAAAUGUCACAGGGAGAAUUUUGAUUGGCAAUGCUGGUUGGGCUAGGUCACUCAUAUUGUCAACAAGUAAUUAUUUCCAGGUUUUAAGGGGUGCACUUGGCUUAACUAUAGAGGAUUAUGUUGUACCAGGCUUAAAACAGUUCCUGAAGAAUAUUCAUCCACUAUCAUCUACAGGACCAAACUGGGUGAAGCAAUACUGGGAAAAACUUUUUAACUGUACAUUUUCAUAUAGUGACAACAUUUUAAAUUCUGUGAAGACCCCAAGAAGAAACUGCACUGGAAUUGAACAAAUAGAUGAAAUCAUUGAUAGUUCUAUGUUCAAAAACAGCCUCAAGUACACAAAAUUUAUCUAUUUUUCUGUAUAUACCUUGGCUAAAGCUUUAGAUGAUCUGAAGAUCUGCAGGCCUGGAGAAGGACCAUUUUCUGGUGGGACUUGUGGAAAUAUUUGGAACUUCAAACCAUGGCAGCUCACAUAUUAUAUAAGAAAGGUAAGAAUAACUUUGAACAUGGGGAAGGAAAUCUACUUCAAUGAGAAUGGGGAUUCACCUGAUGUCUAUGAAAUUGUGAACUGGCAAAUGAAUCGAGAUGGGACCAUGACACCAGUUAAGAUUGGCACCUUUACCACUUCAGAACCCCUGGAUAAAGCUCUGAUCAUUAACUCAAGUCUGAUUGUAUGGCCUACUGGAGAUCAACAGGUUCCACGUUCUGUCUGUAGUGAGAGCUGUCAUCUGGGAUUUAGGAAAUCAGCCAUCCAAGGUCAACCUCCCUGCUGCUUUGAGUGCGUUCCCUGCCUAGAAGGAGAGAUCUCCAAUCAGACAGAUUAUUUUAACUGUUUCAAAUGCCCAUGGGACCAAUGGCCAAAUCAUGAAAAAUCCAGAUGUCUCCCGAAACCCAUCGAGUUCCUGUCUUAUGAAGAUGUGUUGGGAGCCACCUUAGCUACAUCCAGCUUUAUCUCUUCCAUUGUUCCUCUUCUUAUUUUGAGGGUUUUUAUCAAAAAUAGGAAUACCCCUAUUGUUAAAGCCAGUAAUUAUUCCCUGAGUUGCCUUCUGUUGGUCUCCCUUUGUCUCUGCUUCCUAUGCUCCUUAGGAUUUAUUGGUUACCCAGCACAGCAGAAAUGCCUCCUACGUCAGGUAUCUUUUGGUCUGGUCUUCUCUCUUUGUAUUGGAUGCAUUUUGGCAAAGACAAUUAUGGUUGUUUUUGCUUUUAUGGCCACCAGACCAGAGAGCAGUCUACGGAAAUGGACCACAUUCAGGGUUUCUUACUCUAUUAUUUUCAUCUUUUGUCUGUUACAAUUCAUCCUAUGUGUUGCAUGGUUGUCCAUUGCGCCUCCCUUUGCACAAUACAACACCAAUAAUAAACCUGGACUCAUCGUUGCUCAGUGCAAUGAGGGAUCACCCAUUGCCUUCUGGACAAUGUUGGGUUAUCUCUUCCUUCUGGCUACCAUUAGUUUCAUAGUCGCUUUCCUGGCUCGGAGACUUCCUGACAGAUAUAACGAAGCCCAGUUCAUUACCUUCAGCAUGUUGGCCUUCCUCAGUGUGUGGGUUUCUUAUAUCCCAGCCUCCCUCAGUGCUCAGGGAAAGUAUACAGUGGCUAUGGAGAUCUUUGCAAUCUUAGCAUCCAGUUGGGCUUUGGUUGUGUGUAUGUUUUUUACUAAGUGUUUUUUCAUACUAUUCAGACCUGAUAUAAACUCAAGGGACAAUAUAAUGAGAAAAAACAAGGAUAGUACCCUAUAUGUUCAAUGA